AUGGUCGAGUGCGCCCGUCGCUGUAUAUUGUCAAUGCAUGGCGACCGUUGUUGGAAAAGAUCAGUCUCUCUCUAUGACGAUGAUGAUGAUGAUGAUGAUGAUGACGAGGAAGAACAAGAGGACCAACAAGAAGAAACGAAAAAGAAAAAACGACCAUCCAAACUAUUAAAAACAAGCUCACCUAAACUUGCAGACAGCAAGACCAAAGAUCCAGAUCCAACAAUAGAAACAACAACAACACCAACUGUAAAUCAACAACUUAUGGAAAGCAGUUCGAUGAUGCAAUUUUUCCAACAACAAUUUAUUGCACUGCAAAGCCAAAUCACCCAACAAAUCACCCAACAAAUAUCAGAACAACAACGACUCCAAAUCAACCAACAAAUGUCAGACCAUCAACGACUACAAAUCAACCCUAACCACCAACCAAAUCAAUUGCCAGAUCAACAAAGACUCACAGAUCAUCAACAACGACCUCAAAUCAACUCUAAUCACCAAUCAAACCAAUUACCUGAUCAACAGCGACCACAAGCCAACCCUAAUCACCAAUCAAAUCAAAUGCCAUAUUCUCAACCAACACUUCCUCCACCAAGUUCCAUACCGGUAAACCCCCUUCCUCCACGAUACCCACCAUACAAUCACCAUAGUUAUCCACCACCACCACCACCACCAUCAAUCCCUACAUCAGAUGCACCCCAUUACUCUCAUCAACAAUCGAUACCUUUACUGCCACAAAAUGUCAAAGGAUGUAUAAAGUUUCACACAAUGUAG